GCGCUGUCGGUGGACAAUCAAACCAACACACCCACCUCUUGACACACUCGCAUUUUCUCAUUUCUUAGUUCUACUAUAAUAUAGAUAGCUAAACGGACUCUCGGAGCUCACAAAUCAUAGAGACUUGUCCUGAAAAACUAGCAAUAGUUUAACAGUAAAUCUGAAAUUCAACAUGGAGUCCCCUCCAGAUCCAGCAAGCGACCCGGGCAACAGCGCCUCCGAGCCGGCUACCCCGGCCAGGGAAACCCCGGUAAACCUGGAGACGCUCCGAAAAGCGGACCAUCCAGCCCCUGUUCGAAGGCAGACGUGUUCAAGCACCAACAGAGGUGGACUCACGAACAAGCAAGGUAUUUCAGUAACAAAGAAGACACAUACCUCUCAAAUCGAAAUAAUUCCCUGCAAGAUCUGUGGAGACAAAUCAUCAGGCAUCCAUUACGGUGUGAUAACAUGCGAAGGCUGUAAGGGCUUCUUCAGGAGGAGUCAACAGAGCAAUGCGGCCUACUCAUGCCCCCGUCAGAAGAACUGCCUGAUCGACCGCACCAGCCGCAACCGCUGCCAGCACUGCCGGCUGCAGAAGUGUCUGGCAGUGGGCAUGUCACGGGACGCGGUGAAGUUUGGGCGCAUGUCGAAGAAGCAGCGGGACAGCCUGUAUGCGGAGGUGCAGAAACACCGGCUGCAGCAGGCGCAGCGUGACCACCAGCAGCAGCCCGGCGAGGCUGAGCCACUCACACCCACCUACGGCCUCUCGGCCAAUGGCCUCACAGAGCUCCACGAUGACCUCAGUGGCUAUAUGGACAGCCACACCCCUGACGGCAGCAAGCCCGACUCAGCAGUCAGCAGCUUCUACCUGGACAUCCAGCCCUCCCCUGACCAGUCCGGCCUGGACAUCAAUGGCAUCAAGCCUGAGCCCAUCUGCGAUUUUGCCCCCGGCUCAGGCUUCUUCCCCUACUGCUCCUUUACCAACGGAGAGACAUCCCCCACCGUGUCCAUGGCUGAGCUAGAGCACCUGGCCCAGAACAUCUCCAAGUCCCACAUGGAGACGUGUCAGUACCUGAGAGAGGAGCUGCAGCAGAUGACCUGGCAGGCCUUCCUGCAGGAGGAGAUGGAGAGCUACCAGAUCAAGCCCCGGGAGGUCAUGUGGCAGCUGUGUGCUAUCAAAAUCACAGAGGCCAUCCAGUACGUGGUGGAGUUUGCCAAGCGCAUCGACGGCUUCAUGGAGCUGUGUCAGAACGAUCAGAUAGUGCUUCUGAAAGCAGGCUCUUUGGAGGUUGUGUUUGUCAGAAUGUGCCGUGCCUUCGACUCUCAAAACAACACAGUCUAUUUCGAUGGAAAGUAUGCUGGGCCCGAUGUGUUUAAGUCAUUAGGCUGUGACGAUUUGAUCAGCUCCGUCUUCGAGUUUGGGAAGAACUUGUGUUCUAUGCACCUGUCUGAGGAUGAGAUCGCCCUGUUCUCUGCGUUCGUGUUGAUGUCUGCAGACCGGUCCUGGCUCCAGGAGAAGGUAAAGGUGGAGAAACUCCAGCAGAAGAUCCAGCUGGCACUGCAGCAUGUCCUGCAGAAGAACCACAGAGAGGAUGGCAUACUCACCAAGUUGAUAUGCAAAGUGUCAACACUGCGAGCGCUGUGCAGCAGGCAUACAGAGAAGCUGACGGCUUUCAAAGCAAUAUACCCAGACAUUGUGCGUUCCCACUUUCCCCCGUUAUACAAGGAGCUCUUCGGAUCGGACUUUGAGCAGUCCAUGCCCAUUGACGGGUAGCCAGUAGCCCUGCCAGGUGCCAGUGUGGCCACGCGGGGAAUGUCAUAGGGAGCAUGAAUCUGAGACACUUUAACGGUGCCCUGCACAAACCAGGACGGACGGCACACUGCACACUUUUAUCUAUUUUUCUUUCUGGAGGGGAGGGUUGGGGGGGGGUUGAUUCUGUCUGUUUAUUUCACUGGGUUUAGUUGUCUCCAUUUAGAACCCAGGUGGGACUCUAAGCCCAGGGGACAUGAAGAAAAGUUGGAGACAAUGCUUUCUUUUUGGAUGAACUUGACCCUCUCAUGCACAUCAUUCCAGCAUGUUCCCAGGAUGUCUCACAUUGUUUAGCACUCAUUGUUUGGACUUGUUUCCACAAAAGAUAAUUUACUUGUAUGGAGAAAAUGAUUGAAUAUGUCUGUGCAUAUGCCUAACCUAAAAUUCUCCUCAGCAACCAAUGAUCUGGCUCUCCACUUCUCCUCUGAGCUUCAAUGUCCCAUGUCUUAUUGCAUUGGAAAACAGUUUCAAUCUAAACUGUAUCAUGUACACCAACGAAGAUAGCUGCCAGUGGCAUGUUUAUCCUCCAUUAAUCCUUGGUAAAGCUUCUGUGAGAAUCACAAAUGGAAAUUCAUUGCUGCUAAUGUGCAUGUCCUGGUCAAGUUCAGCCCCUGUUCUCUUGUGUUUAGUUUUAUGUUUGGAAUGCAGUGUUUAGAAUGAGAACUCGCAGCGACUUUGAGAGAGGCUCCUUCAGUGUGAGGCAAUGUAAACGGCACCUCUCUAUGGACAAUCAUCUAAAAAGAAAAGUAGAAUUCUGGUAAUUCUAGUCAAAACACAAUGAUUUUAGCUGUCAAAGACUCCAUCCACCAUGGUUGCUUAGUGAAAUCAUGUAAGGCCAUCUGCUAUUAAUCCUUGUGUGGACAGAUACCCUGGAGAAACAUAGGGCACCGCCACAACAAUAAGGGUCCAUUCCACCUGUUUUAUAAUGUACUACAGGGUAUACGUAUAAGUACUUACUAUACAGAAAAAAAGUAAUGUUUAUAGAUUCUAUUUUAAAUAAAAUGUAUGAUAUUAGUAGUUAGACAAUUCUUAAUUGUUGAAUUGAUAAGGCACUUUUAUUUGCACCUUUCUUUAAUUUAAGACUUGUAUAUUACCUAGUGAUGUGUUGCAUGUGCACAAGAAAUACCAGUUGAACCAUGGUCACAGAGGCUAGUCCUUAGAGCUGCAGACAAUGCUGUUCUGGCUGUGUUUCGGCUAACUUGGGUUUGGCUGUGAGAUUGCUAGGAUGGUAUGUUCUGGAGAGGCAGGCAAGUCACAUUCACUCCAUCACCUAUUAGUUUAAUACCGCCGACACACAUGCAUGCACUCUCAAACAAAAGCACACAUGCAAAAUAAACCUGGGCUGAAUUGCUGAUGCUGAAGAUGUUUCCUGCUCAAUCCAACGUCUCCAUCUAGUGGAAAGUAGAGACACAGUAGGCCAUGUGAUAGAGAACUUUUGAAAUGCAGUACAAUGCCGAUUAGAGAGUGGUCCACACAGGCCUCAGACCAUCUGUUGAUCCUUCUGUUUACCCUUACACGCUAGUGUGUUUGUGUUAUCAGUGUGGAGGAGUGACUGUGACUGCCUGUUUCCCAAAGGCCUCAGCCAAGCUAUGCCAUUUGUUAUGGGACAGAAAAGGGGGAAGAAGGAGAUGUAAUAUUCAAAGCCUUGUCUGGUAGUAAAGCUUCUAUUUUUGUAACAUGUAGAGUGAAUUAAACUCAUGAAAGAGAGGGGAAGAGAAAGAGAAGUCAGGUAGCACUUACUAUAUUCCUGCAAUAAUUAGAGAAGCUGUUUGUAUGACUAGUAGAGAAACAUGACAAUGGUAGAACAAGUGCUAUUUUCAGAAUGCUUUGUUGUUGUGGUUUUGUUGCGUGUGUCUUUCUUGUCGGUGUGGUAGAGAAGCGGUAGAAAACCCUCUGGAUGUGCCAUAUAGUAAGUUGUUGCUCCUGCUUUGCCGUUUACAUACCCAUAAUAUAGAAUUAAUUGUUCUGACAUUCCUGAAAACUCAAUGGUGGCUUGUAGAGAAUUCCCAUUGAAUCCUGAUAUCCCUUUAGAUAACCCAUAACAGCAUGGGUGCAGUUUAGACACAACCUUCACCAUAGUGUUGUUUUAUUGUUUUUGCACACGAUCAUUCCUCUGCCGUGAAAUGUGUACAAGACAGAGAAUCUUGUGCUGUCACCCCUCAGGGAAGAGUUAUUUUACGCUUUCUGUUUGAAAUUUGAUCUCUUGUGUUGUUGGUCCUCAUUAGGUUUAGUUUAUGUUUUGUUCAGGGAUGUUCAAUAUUAAGUGGUAAAGCAGAACAUGUGAAAUUCAUUACUGAGUAGUAUUUUCCAUUGCUGUUGUAAAGUACUUAAGGGGCUGUUUGGCUAAGCACCAGAACUAGAAGUCAAGCUCAUAACAAAAACAAAACUUGAUUUUUUCCAUGUUUACAGUCAGUUUUCCCAUUGGCCAUACAGAAUAGUUCUUAUUUAAUCUACACUAUAUUUCUAUUAGAUACAAUUCCAAUGAUAACGUUCUUCAUGUGGACUCCAAUGUCACCAGGGCCAUUGUCAAAAAUGUAUUAUUAUGAUUACCCUCUGUGUUAGAUAAACCAAAUAUACUUACGCAAUAUAAAAUAUCUCUUCUUUCGGCUAUAUUAAUGCUGUGCUUAAAUAAGGGCCUGGGUGACCACCAGUAACCACUACUCACUACCAGUGAAACCCAGUCUGUCUCAAACAGUGAUUGACAAUCCAGGUGAUAGCGGGCCUGCCCUGUGGCCCAGUGAGAGAGACAUGGAUGCUCAGGGAGGUAACAUACAGACAGACCGGGGAAGCAGGUCUCUUUCCUCUGGACAUAAUGUAUGCGUAGCAUAUGCUUUGCUAUUUCAUUAAUUUAUGAGCUUCUCAUACUCUUUGACAGCUCUCAAUUUAUUAUGGGAGGCAGGUUAACUUUUUCGUAGCACAUUGGACAUGCAGUACUGUACCUUCUUUUCACUAAGUCAGUCAAAUCUUUACUUUUUCUACGCUUGCCCCCUAGCAUAUUCUCAGCCAAUAACUAUUUGGUAGCUGUGUGCAAGUAACAAUGAUAGGUUUCUGCCAGGUAGCCACUGGAGUGGAAUCCCAUUUCCUGAAACACAGAUGUCAUUCUCUGUCUCUAUGUCUAUCAAACUGGUCCUAAAUAAUAGGUCUGUUCACUGUGUUGUUAUGUCUUUGUUUGUGUACAGUUUGAUAGCAAUAUUGAUUUGACAAUGGGAAAUGAUCAGAGGCAUUGUGUCUGUCAGUUUCAACAAACAUCUCUGCACCCACAUGGCGUGGAGGGAUACAUCAUCCUGCAUGCUUUCAUUUUAGACAUAUGUAGCAAAGGAUUGCUGCUGAGUCUGCUAGUAUAUCAAUGUGAAUAACACCUUAUGGUCCUUCUGUCUCUGUGUCACUCGUGUAAACAAGCAAUAGUGUGCGUGUGUGUGUGUGUGUGUGUGUGUGUACUCACUGUGUGCAUAAGAUAAACCCCAGACAAGGCUUUAAUAAACUAAGAGGGAAAGGGUUAUGUGAAUGAGGAGUCUAGUAGGUCUUUCCCUGGAUUCGGUAACAGAGAUUUGUUCCAUCCCGUAUAGGGUUUAAGUGUUAUAAGCAUGACAUAAUACCUCUUUACAAUUUAUAGUCCUUUAAAGCGCACUGGAGCAAAUGACUAACCACUCAGUCUCAUGACGUGUUCAGUGCAGUGUAAUUGGUAGAGAGACAAGUUGACAAGGGACAACACACCAUCCUGCAUGUCAUACAUGUUAUCUUGAGAUGAUUUGACUGCCUAGGAAUCAUGGGACUCCUAUUUAUUUGCCAUAGAAUAUAGAUUGUAAAGGUAUGUGUGAUGUCAUGCUUACAACUGUGCUGUAUUGAAGAGUUACCCAGAUCUAUCAGUCAGUUGAAUUGCAUUUUAACAAUACUCUCAUUUUCCAAAGCACAGCUAAUACAGUUUUAAGAUUAAAAGAAUAUUUAAAAAAAACAAACAUUUUAGAAUAUAGUAAAAAUGGAAAAUUGAGAAAAAAAAACUUCUAGCCAUAAUCGAAUGUCAAGCAAUAAUAUGUGGUGCAUUAUUUUAAUUUUGUGCAAAAAGGCUUUGGACAUCUGCAUGUAAAUACACUUCUUAUUUAUCACUUUGGUUUUUGUUUUAAUUUGUGUUAUUUGGUUUUGGUUGUUAUAUUGUUUAGUCAGUAUAUUUGAUUGGUUCUGUUCCCAGGUGGAGGAUAAAACCUCAUGACCUGUAAACUAUAUAUCUUCAUUUCUCUCUCUCCCUCAUCCUCAACUUUUAAUCCACAAUAUUUAAUGUUAUUAUUGAUCACAUGUAUAAAGGUAACUUUGUAACUUCUGUCUGUAUAGGUAAGGAGAAAAUACUGCUACUAAGGCCUACAAAUAUUUAUAUGUUUAUCAAAUACACCAUGCUGUACAAUAUCUCUGAUUUUAAUAUCCUUCUCUCCUUUAGGAUUAGAUUGAUAGUGGUAGGGUGUGCCAACAUUUAUUUUGUGUUAUCUUGAUGUGUGGUGCUAGGUAAGUUCCUUUUGUGGACAAAGUCUUGAUUCCUAGACUUGGCCACCCUAUUAGUCCAUUCAUUUCAUUAAGUAUUGGUGCAUUAUUGAUAUUAGGACAAUAAAUAAUCAUGGUAAUGAUAAUGAUGAUAGUGGUAAAUUUACUUCAAAACCCAGCCAGUACAGUACCUGUAUCAGUGUGCUAGUCCUGGGGUAAGGCUCUUAUUUCCUUCUCACUUAAAUUAUUAUCAAAACCAGUAUCUACUAAUAAACAGGUUAUUUAAGGGUUGCUCUUCUGAUUUCUGAAAAAAAAGUCUAAAACAGCAGUAUUGUUUUUCUUUGUUCUGAUUGUAAAAAAAACACUUGCUGAGGCUGUAGCUGGUCAUAUUUGCAAAUGCGGAGUAUUUACCUCUUUAAGCUGUGUAGUACUUUACAUAGGAAAGUACUGUGCUAUUGUCCAUUUAAAACAGCCAUUUUAUGGCUUCCUUAUUUCAAAGUUAGUCUGCCCUGAAACAGUGUUUUUCUUUUAGACCAGUUUAGACCUUUGGCACCACCAUUGUGUUAUUAGAGAAAAUGUACAUGAAAAAGAUCACCGUUAGAGGUUAUAUAUUUUUUGUAACCUUUUUUUUUCUUUUCACUCAGUAGCAAAUAUCAGCCAGAAUGUGCUUGCAAUAAUACACAAUGUACUACACUGAGUGCCUCUCAGUGUUACAGGAUGCAUAAAUGGUAUUCAAUGUUAUUGUUUUUGUUUUCCGAACAUGUACUCAGCUGACAAUUUAUUUGCACGUAGGUUUACUCUGUCACCUAUGUGUUACUACAUUUCUCAUAUUCUGUCUUUAUAAAGUACACAUUUUCUUUUUUAUUUAAGGCACCAUGUUAGAUAUUCAGAUGGUAUAAAUACGUUUCUCCCUCUCGUCUGACUGGGAAGGAUGUAGUAAUGUAAAAUGGUCAAAUUGAUGAAGUACAUUCUGGCUGACAAUAUUGCAUAAAAGAUGACCUGCUGAUCCAGGUUCUGGAUUUGACAAAAGAAUGGACAAUCCACAUAGAUGUUUUUCACUUUGUUUUGUGAUCAUAAAAUGAUGAUUUCUUUAUUGAGAACAGAUAAUUGACUAAUGCAUUGUAUUUCAAAUAUUCAUAUGUUUAUGCAAAAGAUGCAUACAACACAUCUGAAUUUCUUUAAUGUUCUGUGUUUAAUGUAAGCUCAAGGGGUUGGGGUAACUUCAUGAUGGGUCGAGUGUGGGUGGGAUAUUUCUCCUUCUGAAAGCAGUAUGAACUGUAGAAAGCAGAAACCGGUAUGUGGUUGUCACAAAUUUUUAAGUCACAUGUUUGCUACUUACGAUGGGAACAGAUGAUCAUGUACCUUUUUAUCCAGCUCUUUUGAGCUCUCUUUAGCAGGUAGUCUAUUCACAAAAGUAGUUUUGCUCCUUCUUGUCUGAUUCUUAAAUAUGGAAAUAAGUAUUUUGAUUCAUUUUGUACAUACAGGUGUAAAGAAAAAUAAGAAAUGCAAUGUUGUCUUUUAAAUACUUUCCAUUCUAAUAUGAAUGUUGUUAUAUUGUACUUAGAAACUGUACCUUUAAUAUUACCUUUAUUAAAAGUGCAUUGGACACAUCGAUUUUAGAUGUGGUUUAUGUGCUGUUAUCCCAUAAUAAAAUUUCCCGCUUGUAAUGGGCUCUUAA